AUGGCUGACUCCAAGAUUCUUCGCUUCUGGGCCGAAGCGACUGCAGCCUGGGUCGCACAAGUGGAAAUUAUCCUUGACACCAACGGUACCACGGACGACUCGCAAUGGUACAUCGCUCUCGUCAGUGCGCUCUUGGGUCACGUGGUGUCGGAGCUGUCGGACAUUAUCGCCAACCCUCCAGCGACGGGCCAGUUCAAGGCGAUCAAGGACGCAAUUCUGUCCCGUUUCCAGGACUCAGCCGAUGCCCAGAUACGUAAACUUUUUGGACAGCUUCAACUAACAGACUUUAAACCUUCGCAGCUCCUCCGCCAAAUGAAGAGUCUCGCUGCCGGCAAGGUCAAUGGUAUCCUCCGUAUCAUGAAGACGGCUUUCCUUGAUGAGCUUAGCAGCAUGGCAGACGAGCUCAUAGCCUUUCUGCCUAACGUCAACGCCGUGGCUACUCCAACGGCGCCCGUACAGCCAGCCAACUCCAGUCUUGCACAAGAGGUCACUGAACUACGUCACGCUCUAGAGGAAGAGUUAACCAGGCAGCCAACAACGUUGCAAACCAAGACUGGUGCUGGUUCCACCAGUGGUUUGGGGCAGCCGCAAAGAAGUGCUGUCCACCGUGCACCGUUGGUUUGGUCAUCAGGUAAGCGUCUCAUCAACCCAACGACCAAGCUUUUAUCGCUUGGCUCCCUGGCUCCUGCAUCAGUGCACAGCGUGUCAGUGGUGACGACUCUAGCACAGGCUCCUCCUGGAGACCUGGGAUGCCGCUUCUCGGACCUCCUCGCGGAGUACGCUGAGGUUUGCUCUCCAGAGGCUACCAUGGCAGCGCUUUCUGACCUGCCAGUGCACCACACCACUACCACCAACUGCCAUUGGACUGGAGAGUCACUGGAGACUACCGGCGUCUGA